AUGACGCCUGAAAAGGAGAUGCCUCUUGUUGACGGAAAAACGACAAUUAUUGAAAAAGCUAAAGGCGAACCGGAACGUGAGUCUUGGGGUAAAAAAGUGGACUUUUUACUAAGUGUCAUUGGAUUUGCUGUGGAUUUGGGAAAUGUGUGGAGAUUUCCCUACAUCUGUUACAAAAAUGGUGGUGGUGCCUUUCUCAUUCCCUAUCUGGUCAUGUUGUUGUUUGGCGGUCUGCCCUUGUUUUACAUGGAGCUGGCUCUCGGGCAGUAUCAGCGGUGUGGCUGUCUUACCGUGUGGAAACGGAUAUGUCCUUGUUUUAAAGGAAUCGGCAUGGCAAUCUGCGUCAUAGCAGCAUGCGUGUCUUGGUACUACAACACCAUCAUUGCCUGGGCCGUGUACUUCCUGUUUUCGUCGUUCCGGAGUCAGGUUCCGUGGGUGACGUGCAACAACACGUGGAACACGGACAAGUGCACGACGUUCCAGGACCGCGUCAUGGAGUGCUCCAAUAAGACGUCGUUGUUCAGCAACGAGACCGACAACGCGACUACAUCGGGGUUCGUUGUUACGACUGCAAGUUCCGAGUGCAUCCGAGACAGGGGCAGUGAAGAUGAUUGGCUGACGGCAGCAUCCACGGAGUUCUUCGAACGGGAGGUACUGGAGUUGCAGUACUCCGAUGGUAUGUCUCGACUUGGCGGGAUCAAGUGGUCGAUCGCGCUCAGUCUGAUGGCGGUCUACGUUCUCGUUUACUUCGCUCUCUGGAAAGGCAUCAAAAGUUCAGGCAAGGCUGUUUGGAUAACUGCUACUUUGCCGUAUGUUGUUUUGCUGAUUCUUCUGAUAAGGGGAGUCACUCUACCUGGAGCCAGCAUGGGUAUCAAGUAUUAUCUCAGUCCCAACUUCAGCAAACUGUCGGACAUCGGUGUGUGGAUAGAUGCAGCAUCUCAGAUAUUUUUCUCCUUGGGACCCGGAUUUGGAGUAUUGUUAGCCUUGUCCAGUUACAACAAAUUCAAUAAUAACUGUUACAGAGAUGCACUGAUAACAAGCGCUGUUAACUGUCUGACGAGUUUUCUGGCUGGGUUUGCUGUGUUCGCCGUUUUGGGUUUCAUGGCUUACAAACAGAACCGUGACAUUUCCACGGUGGCCCGGAUAGAUGUCGGUUUGAUCUUCGUGGUUUACCCAGAAGCCCUUGCGCAGAUUGGAGGCUCAUCUUUCUGGUCUAUUCUCUUCUUCUUCAUGCUAAUAACUCUUGGUCUCGACACAACAUUUGGAGGACUGGAAGCCAUUAUUACGGGCAUUCUGGACGAGUACCCUGUAUUAAGGAAACGAAGAGAGUUUUUCGUCGCUGGUUUGAUCUGCUUCUGUUUUGUGGGAGGACUUGUAACCACAACUUACGGUGGUAUCUAUGUAGUUCAGUUGUUUGACACAUAUGGAGCCCCAAUCUCAAUACUUUUGGUAGUAUUCUUUGAAGCAGCCGCUGUGUCGUGGAUUUAUGGAGUGAAACGUUUCAGCCAAGAUAUCGAAUGCAUGCUUGGAUCACCCCCUGGUCCUUUCUGGCAAAUAACAUGGACAUUUAUAAGUCCAGUUUUCUUACUGAUCCUGUUUAUCAUGACGCUGAUCUCUGCUCCUCCGCCGGCGUACGGAAAGUACAACUUCCCCAUCUGGUCAAUGACGCUCGGUUGGCUUAUCGUCUGCUCAUCUCUCAUUUGCAUUCUGGGAUACUUCAUCUAUUACAUAUUCCAGACCAGAGGGUCAUUUCAAGAUAGAGUCAAGCAGAUGAUUUACCCGAGUGAAAAACCUAAGCACCUCACUGAGGGAAAUCCCGUCUACCUCUGA